AGUUAAAUUUUUGAAUUUAAUCCAAAUGCUCACUAGACUGGUAUAAUAUUAACACCCUCAUAAAGACAUCUCAUCACAAUAUACAGCUAAUGUUUGUUACUCAAGUGAACUUGUAGUUAUAAACUAUUAAUUUAUUUAACAAUGUUGAUCAACGAACUUCCUGAUGAUUGUUUGCUCUCCAUUUUUGAUUAUGUGAAUUAUCUGGGUGAUUUAAUAAAUUGCUAUAAAGUGUGUACUAAAUGGCGUUAUUUAAUUGCUAAGCGAAAUAAAAAAGUUAAAUAUUUGUUAGAGGAUCCUCAUCAGAAAGCGGAUUCUGUUCAUUAUAGCGGAGAUGAUCCUGAUGAAUCAGAAUCAGAUGAUGUUCAUUAUAAGGCAGAAGAUUCUGAUUAUGAUGAUGAUGAUGAUGAUCCUCCUCGUGAUUAUGAUUUUCAUGAUUAUUCAUCAGAUUGUGUUUAUUAUGUGGAAGCAGAUUUGAUUGAUGGCACCAUUCUCAGCACAUUAUUUCCAAAUUUAAUAAUUGCUGAAUAUUCGCAUAGUUGCAUUGAGAAAGUAGAUUAUGAAAAUAUCGUUUCAUUUAUCAGGAAUCAUAAACCUUUGAAAGGAAUAAUCAAAUGGCUUAAAAGACCAAUAGAAAAACAUUGUGAUAAACUCGAAAUGCUAUCCGCCUUUUAUAUACAUCCAAGCAUUAUACAAAAGGUUUCGAGUAUAAAACAAUUGUACCUUCAGUAUUGUUCUCUAGAUGAUUUCAAAAGAGAUGCUCAUUAUUUGCCAAAUCUUGAAAGACUACAUAUUAGGGAUGCAGCCCCAUGCAGAUACUACGAUGGUCCAGUAUUGGAAAAGCUUAAAAUUUUUGAGCUGGAUUUUUCAUCUUCUUGUGUGACAGACAUUUGUUAUUGUUUCCAGUUCAUGGAUUCAUGUCCAAAUUUACAAAGUGCAUACAUUUUCUUGGAAAAUCUUCGAUUUUAUGUCGAUGAAACAAUCAAACACCAAUGUUUACAAGAUUUGGUUAUAGUUUUUGCUGAUCCUCCCCGAACCGACUGGAAUGAUUUAAAAAGAUUGCUUAUGAAGUAUCCGAAUCUCAAACAUCUUGGGUUGAGGGACGCAAGUAUGCUGAAUGAUGAACACAUAAAGCAAUUACUUCACAUUUUACCCAAUUUAGUGCUGUUUCAGGUUGAUUUAUGUGAGGAAAUCACUGAAAGAGCUGCUUAUUAUGUUCAAGAUUAUUGUAAAAGACAUGGACGAUCAAUCGAAUUUUAUUUCAAUGAGAAUUCCUAUGAAAUCGAGUAUGAUUGGCCUCAGUUGUCCACUAAACGGGAAAAAAUUAGUCGAGGCUUUGAUUUCAUGAAACAUUGUUUUCUUAAAGAUUAUUAUGAUCUUCCACAUUUCUUGAUUCCUAUUGAAUACUGAAAAUCACAUAACUAAUACUUAAUAAUAUAUUUUUGACUUUGGAAACCCAUUCGAAGCUUGAAAUUUUUCUCCUUUCUUUAAUCAAUU